UCUCUUUCCUUCAUGAGAGUCUCACAGUUUUCAUCGCAAAAUGUACAAAUAGCGCUUCGAGUGAGGCCAAAAAAGCAACUGUAAGUACAAAAAAGUGGCGUACGAGUCAAAAUUUGACGAAAAACUCUUCGUAGAGGAACAAAAUCCGAUCUAGAUUGGAGGUGAAAGUUUUUCCAUCGUCCACGAAGGCAAAAAAAAACAACAAAUCGAGUACAACAACAAGCAGAAAAAAGUCCAAAAAUGAACAAUAAUUUCGAAGAUCACCUGAAUUUGGGGAAUGAUGUGCAUCCGUUGAAGCUCGGAUCUUCUUUUAGUAAUUCACAGGCGCGAGAAACUUUCCAUACAAUCAAAUACGAUUUCAAGCCAGCAAGUGUCGAUACGAGUAAACCGGGCAAACUGGAUGUCAGUUCAAAUUAUCAGGUAACAGUAACGGUGCCGCAUCUCGAUGGCUCGGGCGUUCCAAAUACCGUUUUCAAAGGCCCGACACGCGAUUACUCGAAGAAAGACUGCCUGCUGAUCAUCAAUCGAGACACAAAUGAAAUCACGUUGGAACGACUGACGUGCAAUGUGAACGUUAAAAAGACCCGGAGCGAAAAUACGAGCAAAACGACGGGAAAUCUUCCCGUGCCACAAAAUAACGCAGUACAAUCGAAAAUGCCGACGUCGUCAUCGAUGGGCUUCGAGAACAAUACGCAACGACAGAGUUCCAAGACGAAAGUUUCGACGGGAUCUCGCAAGCAGGCAAUCAGUUUCAGGCCGAAACACUCACCGAUCCAAAGUUCGCCGUCGUAUCCGCAUAAAAGUCCGUCGAAUGCGAGUGCAAGUACGUCGUCGAACAAUUCGAAUACGGCGCCGCAGUGGCAACCGAACAAUCAUUUGCAAACGUUGCCGAGUAUUCCGAUCAUUGGAGAUGACUUUGAGCCGCUUCCGUCGAGCAAAACGGCGAAUAAUAGUUUACCAAUGUCGUUGACGCAACCAUCCGCAAGUCUUGGAGGACAAACAAUGCAAAAUAACUCACAUAACAGUCAUUCAGAGGUUGGUGUCUUAAGCUCUUCCGACUCCUCAUCAUCUGGAUCUGAUUCGAGCGGAUCUGACAGCGGUUCAGAUUCUGAUAGUGACGAUCAACCAACUCCUGUUCAGAAACAGCCUGCCCCAGUUUUCUCCAACGGAGCUGCCUUGUUGAACGAAGACUUGCGAUUGUCUGAUUCAAAUUCAUCAGAUGACUCUGACUAAACUCUCUAACCUUGGCUGUUACUUUAUUCAAUUUUCAUUCAAAAUCGACACAUUUUUUUAUAUAAUUAUACCGCAGAAGAGAAAAAAACCCCGAUGAUGAAUGAUGACCUAACUUAUUCUUAUUGCAACUCUUAUCAGCACACUUUUUGUACAUAAUUUUCUACAUAAAUGGCAUAGAAAGGGCAAUUUGCUUAUAUUCUUUGUAGAAAUAUUUGAAAUAAAUAAAUAAAUGAAUUUGUUGUAAUAUUAUUAAAAAUUAUUAUUGUCAAUUUUUUUCUCUUAAAAUCUAAUUUUGUUGGACAAAGAAUGAAAUC